UCUGAAGGGGGUCAAGGCACAUUCAGCCAGCGUGGGAAAGCGAAGAAGAGACGGAGCUCACAGGCAAGCGUUGCAUAUCCCGGGAUAAAUGGGGAAAAGAGAGUUAAAAAAGGGGAAAAACUGAGAAAAGCGUGGCUUGGAGAAUAUAUCACGCUUUUGUCCUAUGACCCCCCCCCCCCCCAAGUUGCAGUAGGCACUGUGUUUUUCUGUAAAAAAAAAUACCCCCCUCCCCCCGUAUUAUAGUUGCUUUGCUUGAGCUGCAGUUGCAGAGGUGGUGAGCCUACUGCUGAGGGAUGGGGGUUACAGAAGCUGCUCCAUCCGACUACCUGUGUGGCCCGGCGUGACAGUGAGGGAUCUGUGAUGUGUUGUGUCUUAGUGUGAACAUUUAUCCAUCGGGGGCAUGUUUCAUAAAUUCAUGGACACGAUCAAUUGCGACUUUCACUGAUAACAUAAAAUAAGAGAUGCCAGAUGUGUGAUGUGAGGUAACUAGGAGGACAAGAGAUUCAUACGCGUAAUGAAGUGGGAGUGGAUCAAGUAGAACGCAUCGGGGUUCUCGUGUUGAUAGUCGGAAUAAUACUAAACUUGAUGACACAAUGUUGUGGACCUCCGUUUAACCAAAAACAGACAGACAUAUACGAUGUCUCUGCUACCUCUGUCUUCCUUUAAUUUAGGCAUUGCACGCGCCAACAACUAUUUUCUGUGAGGAUGGCUUUGUAAUAACCCUGGCUCGUUACGUUCGUUGGGAUUCCCCGCAAUAUUCUCAACAAGAAAAAGAAAAAAGACGCAAAAAUGGACAAAGAAAGUGUAGCACAACAGUACGAGCCCGUCGCCGAGAUUGGGGAAGGUGCGUAUGGAAAGGUGUACAAGGCACGAGAUUUGAAGAACGAGGGACGCUUUGUAGCCCUAAAACGAGUUCGGGUACAGACGGAAGAGGAAGGGAUGCCCCUCUCAACCAUCCGUGAGGUGGCGGUACUGAGGCAGCUGGAGGCAUUCGAACACCCCAACGUGGUCAGACUGUUCGAUGUGUGUACUGUGUCUCGGACCGACCGCGAGACCAAGCUGACCCUGGUCUUUGAGCACGUUGACCAGGACCUGACCACGUACCUGGAGAAAGCACCUGAUCCUGGGGUGCCACCUGAAACUAUCAAAGAUAUGAUGUACCAGCUGCUGCAGGGACUGGACUUCCUGCACUCACACCGUGUGGUUCACCGGGACCUGAAACCCCAGAACAUUUUGGUCACCAGUGGAGGACAGAUCAAACUGGCCGAUUUUGGCCUCGCCAGGAUAUACAGCUUUCAGAUGGCCCUGACCUCUGUGGUGGUGACGUUGUGGUACAGAGCCCCAGAGGUGUUGCUCCAGUCCAGCUAUGCCACCCCAGUUGACCUGUGGAGUGUGGGCUGUAUCUUCGCUGAGAUGUUCAGGAGAAGACCUUUGUUUCAAGGAAACUCAGAUGUUGAUCAGCUGGGCAAGAUUUUAGAUGUGGUCGGGGUUCCCUCGGUGGAGGACUGGCCCCAGGAAGUAGCCCUACCACAGAGUGCCUUCUCCCCACGACCCCCGCAGCCAAUCGGAGAACUUGUCCCUGACAUGGAUGAGCUGGGGAAAUCCCUUUUACUCCAAUUCCUGGCUUUUAAUCCCUCCAGAAGGAUAUCAGCAUUUGCUGCUCUGACCCACCCCUACUUCCAGAGUGUGGAUAGUGACACUAAGAGUGUGUACGCCCAGCCCAUCGGCAGCAACAAGCCCACCCUGGAGGAGAGAGCUGCCUGACAGCCCCCUGGCCCAGGACUGGACUGGCCUGACAGAGAAGGAGAGAAAGAGAGGGAUGGACACAAAGACUGAGAAAGAGAGCAAUAAACAGAGACAUUUGAUUCCAAAAGGCAACCGUGCUGUCUUCCACAAUUUACCAAUUUGAAUGCUGCUUUUUAGGAUACUUUUAUAAAAAAAAGUUUAAACAAUGCAAGGACCCCUGAAGCUGAGAUGUACUGCCACCAGGAGAGAACCUCUGGAUGUCCAGGAGCUGCUGCCUCUUGUCUCUCCUUCCUUAGCUUGAGAAGAGGCUCCUCGGUGGGGGAACACCAAGCAGCAAGGGUAGGUCGGCAUGGACCUCACCUGGAGCUCACCUUCACAACAACCGAGAGAGAUUACACACGCACACACACAUUUUAAUCCAAUGCAGGAGGACCUCACACACUGCCUAGUGCUACUUCUGGUCCAAACAAACACGUGUGUUUUGAUAUCACUGCCACCUACAGGUUGUCCUGUGUUACUGCAGGCCAGAGCAGGAUUUCUGAUGGGCUUCAUCUUAUAAGACUUUGACUGGUGCGAACAGGAAAGACUGAAAAUAUGUCACUUUGAGUACCUCUUAUGGCAUCCGUACUUCAGUGUCAUAAACUGUAAUGAAAUCUGAUUGACUCCAUUCGAGACUCUAUGUAUGACCUGAUGCACAGGGCAUAGUAAAGUGACUGUUGAAUGAGAAUAAGGUCGACGUACGCACUAUUCAGCGCAAUUACAUUUGGCAUAAAAGCAUGAUUCUGUAUUUCCUAACUUAAUUUUAAAGUUAUUGACAGUUGAUGUCUUAUUUUCUAUUUUGUCUUAAUUUUAUUGGACUUUAACAACAUGUGGGGAUUUAAAUGUAAAUCUCUGGUAAGAUCUAGAAAGAAUACAAGGUAAUAUCCAAGGGAGGAAAGGUUUGACAAUGUGAGGCAUGUAGAAUUUUAUAGAGCUAGAUACUGCACUAAUACUGUCAGUAGUCGUGACUGCUGGUUUUACUUGCAUAUCCAGCAUACUGACAUGUGUAGCAGGAUAGUAGUAAGGUCAGUGCAGGUGUGGGUCAGUGAAAUGUUCUUCGUUGGGAGAUUUUUUAGAGAGAAACGGCAGAGUGAUACGUCGGAUUCAGAGGAGGUUCAACAUUGUACCUGCUUCAUUUAGACUGAGUCUGUAAGGGUUACAUAGAAACAGAUAGGGGUUCAUGUUGAAACACACAGCUGUCCUGUGUUAAGAAUGGUUGUUUUAAUACCCUACGUAUUAUGCUCACUUUGAUUCAAUAUGACUAGCUAGAGUGCUUUCAGAGUUGCUCCCUCUGUGGGAUUGGAACUAGUCAAGGAAAAUAGUUUGUUUGUAAAACUUCUUACUGCACAGCAAUACAUCUAGACCAUAACUUUCCCUCUGGUAUAUCUAGUGCUGCUAGCACACAAAUACACUCAGGAUCUUAUUAGAAAUCAAAUCAGAAAUCAUUCUGACACACUUUGCACAUUCAUGAUUAGACUGCAUCAACUGUUUCAUUGGAUGAUGUUAAUUGAUCAACUGUUUCAUUGGAUGAUGUUAAUGGGUCAACUGUUUCAUUGGAUGAUGUUAAUGGCUCAACUGUUUCAUUGGAUGAUGUUGAUUGAUCAGCUGUCUCAUUGGAUGAUGUUAAUGGAUCAACUGUUUCAUUGGAUGAUGUUAAUGGCUCAACUGUUUCAUUAGAUGAUGUUGAUUGAUCAACUGUCUCAUUGGAUGAUGUUACUGGAUCAACUGUUUCAUUGGAUGAUGUUAAUGGCUCAACUGUUUCAUUGGAUGAUGUUGAUUGAUCAACUGUCUCAUUGGAUGAUGUUAAUGGAUCAACUGUUUAAUUGGAUGAUGUUAAUUGAUCAACUGUUUCAUUGGAUGAUGUUAAUGCUACAACAUGAUUGUGCUUCUAUAAUCAUAUUACAGAAUUCCUGACCGUGUGAAUCCAACUACACGUUUGCUAUGAUACAGUAUGUUUGAUAUCUUACUUGUUUUUCAGUGUCGGGGCGCAUAUGGUUUAAUCUAAUACAUGAUAAAAAUAAAAAAACACAUGAAAGAAUUUUGGACUGAGCUCCCCUCUCCAUGUAGAUGUAGAGUUGCUUUGCCCUCAUCUCUGUCCUGUCAGAUGAUUCAUGCCAUUGAUGGAUACAUUGCAGACUUCAUAUUACAACUCUCUAGAAAUAGGGAUUGUCAAGCUUUCUUGGUAUCGGUCAGUUCAACGUCAACUGCCCUAAUAAGUAGACUGUCAUCAUUGUAGUCUACAUUAUAUAAACUUGAAGCGAUCAAUGUAUGUUUUUAUUUGGUUUAAGAGGUUUAUUGGUCAUUUGUAACUUAAAACAUGGGACAGGAAUACUGUUGUCUAUGUAAUAUAAAAUAAUAAAAGUAUACUUUUUUACAGCCACCUACAUGGGGUCUGCCAUAGAUUUCCUAUGAUUGCAGAAAUGCACCUAUGAUAGCUCUGUAUUGCAAAUACCCUUUAGCCAAUGAACAGUACUGAAACAUGUAGUAUUUUAGCACAUUUUCUAAGCUCCAAGGAUGAAAGUAAAGGCCACAAAUGUAUUUGAAAUGUCCACAUGUGACAUGGUAACUUCAUUUAAAAUGAUGAUAUGGAGGUAAUGGGCAUUAUGUUGACAUGAAUAAAUGCCACCAGUGGUGAUUGCUUCAUGUUGCACCAUUUGAAUAAAAAAUAUGCUUUGUA